GCGGUGGUGGCCACCGCCCCUCGGCGGGACUUGGUGGAGAGAGGUGUAGGCGGACAGCGCGGAGCCAGCUCUUGUCCUGCUGUGCCAGAGGCUGUUGCCAUGACCCUCACCAAAGGCUCCUUCACCUACUCCAGCGGGGAGGAGUACCGCGGCGAGUGGAAAGAAGGUCGCAGGCACGGCAUCGGACAGCUGACAUUUGCUGAUGGCACUGCUUAUGUGGGGCACUUUGAGAACGGGCUCUUCCACGGCUGCGGCGUGCUCACCUUCUCCGAUGGCUCCAGGUACGAGGGGGAGUUUGUGCAGGGCAAGUUCAAUGGCGUUGGAGUCUUCACCCGCUGUGACAACAUGACCUUUGAGGGCGAGUUCAAAGGCGGGCGCGUGUACGGCUUCGGUCUCCUGACCUUCCCUGAUGGCUCCCACGGUGUGCCCCGCAACGAGGGCUUCUUUGAGAACAACAAGCUGCUGCGGCGGGAGAAGUGUACGGCCAUCAUCCAGAGGGCCCAGGGUGCCUCCAAAUCUGCCCACAGCUUGACAGCGUGAUGGUGCCCCACAUCCCCUCCCACCAGAGCAGGGACCCCCCUACUUGGGCACUGGCUGGCCCUGCUGGUCCUGGAGAAGGGAUGUGGCACUGCUGGGUGCCUCCCUGCCCUUCGUCCCCUCCAAGCCUCCUCCUGCCGAACCCCUGCAGCUGGAGGGGGUGGGGCCCUUCACUCUCCACCCAAGUGCCCUGGGGCAGCCGAGGUGCCUUCUCUUUCUGGCUGUAGCCCUGGCACCUGCUGGAGUAGCAGAAGGACAGGGCAACAGGGGCUUGGCCCUCUUCCCCCCAGGAAGACUGUGGACCACUACGGCUGCUAGCCAGCUGCAAAGGAUGGAGCAGGGGGGGUAGAGGCUGGUCCCUGUCCCCACUGCCAGGGUGCCUUGGCUGGAAGCUGCUGACUGAACCGCAUGCCCCCAGAGGGGCAGCUCCUGGCUCACUUUGCUGCCCUGGUCUGGAGGCAGGGUGGGCACCCCGGGCAUACCGUGGCCUGCACCCUCAGCUCUGGGUGACUGGCCAUGCCCCUGCAUGCCCAGGGUAUGGUGACAUAGUGUCCCCAAAGACCCCAGCCUGCUCUCAGGGCCAGCCUGUGGGCUGUGUUCCCCUCAUCCCUGUGCCAAUCCACCCAUCCACUCACUGCCUUUGGGACAGCAGCAGCAGCAUACCCACCAAGAGGGAGUGGGGAAUGCUCAGCCUGGCACAUGUCUGCUGCAUGCUGGUGAAGGAUGGUAGCAAUGGUGAGCAAGGAGAAGGGUCAGCUGGAACCGAGAAUGAGGUACAUGAGCAGGGCUGCCUGGGGGUGCCAGGGCUGGAGCAGGAGGCCUGGAGAGGGGAUAGAGGUAUGGCAAAGGGGCAGGCAGGGGGCACGCAGUUCCCCAUUUUGCCCCCUACAUGCGUCCUUCAUCUCCCCACUGCAUGCUCACCCUCACCCCCGGUGCACAGGGGUCCCAGCAGCCCUCACUGCCCAGUGCAAGGCUGCAGGGGCCGUGCCCAUCCUGCCAGUCUCUGCCUACACCGGGUCCCGUGCCUUGCUGUGACCCUGCCUUGUGCUGCUGCCUGCACGGGCCUCAGCUGAGUAAACCAUGUUGCCAAA